GAGACCUGGAGCAAACGGCUUGUGUGUGUCUCCUCCAAGUGGCAAUGUGUAAGAAUGCAUCUGUGAGCAGAAGCCACCUACCUCACUCCGGAGCUUGCCUUUUCGGUCCCGGAGGCUUCGUCCACCACUUCUUUUUUUUUUUUUUUUUUUAACUCAGUCGACGUCAAGACGGAGAGAGAGGGGGGGAAGGACGCAGAAUGGCGGCCGUGCCGUGCUCCAAGUGCACGGCAGAAAGAAAAGGCUUUCGGCGGGAACUUGACUCUUGGCGAUGCAAGCUGAUCCACUGCGUCGGGUUUGAAAGCAUCCUGGAGGGAAUAUAUGGGUCUAUGCUGACAAGAGACCUUAACUUAUUUGAUGACUGUGAACCCGAAGAGGUGGUUGACUGGUCUCCAGAGGCAAACUGCUCUCACUGCUCAUUCUGCAACCUUCCUCUGGAAAAAGUCAGUGAUCCAGCACCUGCAACCACAUCACCCCUCUCCUCCCCCUCUGAUUUUUCUCCAUGUCAAGCUCCAACCAUCUCUGAGAACAACCACACAGCUCACAAGUUCCUUCAAGCUGUGUUCCACAAAAAAGAUGUGUCUCCACGCUGUGAUGCCAGUAUCCCUCGGAUUGCGGAGGAGCUGAUGAAGAAGAUGAUUCACCAGUUUGCCAUGGAGUAUGCAUCCAAGUGCCUACUCCACACCAAUUCAAUGGAUGUUACAACCAGGAUCUCCUCGCCUUUAUCUGAAACGUUAGAUGCCCCCUUGGACCUGACCAUAAACCGAACUCCGGGAGUAAUAGAAAAGGAAUCUGACGCAGCAGAUGGGGUGCUCGACCUCUCCAAAAAGAACGCCGCCAGCUCAACAACUUCAUCUAACGUCAAAGCCUCAGGCUGCCCAUCUACUAUGGAUAAAGAAGAAUUGGAAGAUUUAGAACAGAGGAAGCGCCACCCGCAAUCUGCACUUUAUGUUGUCCUUAGCUCCCUCUGUCCGGCCCAUUGUUCCUUACUCUACCAGAUGCUGAAGUUGGCACACAAGGAAAAAUGUCUCUCACCCCCUGCCCACAAACACAUUCCAACAGAAACUCACGGCUGUCACUGUGGAUUACGUGCAGAUGAUGAUGCCCUUAAUGAGUGUGAAGCCGGAAGCAUUCAUUCAUUCAACUCUUCUUCACCGAAUUGUGGUCAUCAAGAUGGUGGAAGCACAGCGGGCCAUACAAGAGACUUACCUUUAAAAGGCUGUGAGGGUGUAGUGCCAUUGGACCUAAAUGACAGCUGUAUGCAAAAUUGUAGGAUACGUACUUGCACUCAAAUUUGCCCUAAGAAGCUCCACUGUACUACUAGCCAAGAUCCGCCUUCAGAUCCCAUCAACAACUUAAUGUGCUCAUUUGGUCCUUGCUCUUCCAUCCGCUGUAAUCAACAACCCCGCUCUUAUUUAUGUGUUACAAACCACACCUGUGUGACCCAUCUUAAGAAAACAACAGGAGAUUGUGAGCCCCCUCCUCCUGUCCUGAAUAGGGAGCAGAGCCCUUCUCCUCCACCCCUGUCUCCAAUCUCCUCAGAUAUUGAUAAAUUAAACGAUGAAAUGCCACCGUCCCUGCUCCACCAUAACCAGGACGAGGAAGCUGCCCCCAUGGUUAAAGAUCUUCCAGGAACUCACCAGGAGGUAGCUGUGGAUGCAGCAAAAACAGUGGAGCUUGUUCAGUCUUCGACUCCAAGAAAUAGCCAAGCUGAGAAGAACCCAAAUGUGACUUCACUGCAGGAUGUUGUGAACCGCUUCAGCGAAAAACUUGAUACCAUCAAACCUCCAGAGAAGGACCCAUCUCUGCUCUCGUCACCCAUUGAUGCUUCUGAACAGGAGCAGCUGGAUUCACCAACUGGCCAGAACAUGAAAUUUCCUGCUGAUGCCCUUCUGACUGAAAUUAUCACCACAGUGCUUCAUACACGCAGCGCCAGCGACUAUAACCUCAGUGAGCUGUUUAAUCGGCAUGAUAACAAAGAUCCCAAGUCACCUAAUACGCGCUUGCGCCGUCGCCAGGAAGUGCUUGCUGCUUUGGCCACACCUGCCGAUGGUGCCACAAUGCGAAGGCAAAGCUUGCAAAUCAAACGAGAGCUUGCAAUGUUUAACAUGCCCUACAAUAGGAGAAAGUCAUCACAAGCAAAGAGAUCACCAUUAAAAGAUGGUCAUGGUGCUGUAAAUACAUGUAGCACUUUGUUGGACUCAAACGUGACGCCGGAAGAGGAGAGAGAAACAGGAUUAAAUAUGGACUAUCAAAGAGUUACGGGGGUACUGCUGAAUAUUAUCACUCCUGAAAGUGACAUGAAUGAAGUAAAAAAUGAAACAAAGGAAAGAGAACAAUCUAAAGAGGAAAGAGAUCCAAAGCAAACAAUGUCCCAUGACCUGCAAACAAAAUUGUGCAACCAUUGUUCACAAGAUGACAUUGAGCAGUCACAGGUGAGGAAUUGCCAAACGGACAAGGUGAGUGCACUAUAUGAUGCCAUAAUUCUUGAAAACGCCCCGUCUGAUCAAGGCUGUGGCACUGAUGAGUGUGAUAGUGGACCAGUUGAAGAUCAAAAUCAUGCUACCAUUACAGAUAGUCAUCAAGGUCAAAAAUCCCCCUCCAAUGAGUCAAGGAGGUCACGGAGAAACAUCGUCCCUCCACAGCGCUUCUCCUCUUAUGUCACAGCAACGAAGAAGACGUUCUUUGCCGCUUGUUUCUCUGAAAGUAUAUUCAAUCAGAGAAGUAAGGCUAAAAAUGUUUUCACAUCGACCACCUCAGAUGUCUUACGAAAAAAUAUAGAUGGUAAUGAUGCCCAACUUGAAUCAAAAACCAAAGUAUCGAAUCUCCCUGACAAAUUGACAUCAAUUAGUAGAGAAGGACACUGUUCAUCGCAUACAGAAUCAGAAGAGCAAAGUCGGGACGUGCGACAAACUCAAGCAGUUGAAAAGACAAUGCCCACUGCCAGACCUUCAGAAGAAACACAACCACAUUCAAAAAGACCAUCAGACAAAACUACCGCAUCAAGAAGGCUCCAAUACCAAAAUGUCGGGGUUACUACCAGGUCUGCUACCUGUGCUCACAAUUGUUGUACCUCUCCAGUCCAAUACACCAGCCCAAUCAGGUUAAUGUUUGUAUCACCGGUAAAAAAUAAAGAUGGUAUUGUAUAUAGUCUAAAGUCGGCAAGGUCUGGCUCAAAUGCACAAGCAGAGGAACCCUUUGACCCCUACAAAGAGUCCUCCUGGGCAGGGACACCAGAGAAGAAGCAAAGCCAGAUGACUGAAUGCGCCAUGCCACACAUCAGGCCGACUCACAAAUCCACUACCUCUUCUUUUCAACAUGUAGGACCCUCAACAAAGUCUUCUCCUUCGCAGCGACCAAAGUCAGGUUCUUCACCAGCCAAGCAAGCGCUCUCAACACCGAGGUCUGCUUCUCCCCCAAAGUUGGGAUCCUCACCCGUCAAGUUGUUUUCCUCAUCGCCCGAGUCCACUGCUACACCACUAAAGUCAGGUUCUUCAUCAGCUGAGUCAGCUUCUGCUCCAUUUAUGCGCUGUUCUUCACCAGCUACGUCCCUCUCCUCAUCACCCAAGACAUCACCCGGAAAAUGUACUCCUUCACCUAAGUCUACCUCCCCCAAAAUAGGGUCGAAGAGAUCAGGUGAAGUUACGCCACCUAAGAAUCCAUUCAGAACGGCAAGCCGAUCACCGGGCGACUUGCAAUCAUUCCAUGAAAUCACUCCUCUGAAGAGACGCCCAGGCCGGCCAAAGAAACUGGGGCCACAUCUGGAACAGAAAGCCAAGCGGCCAAUCGGUCGACCACGUAAACAGAAGCCUGAACAUGCAGCGACAGGGACAAACGCGGCAAAUGUAUCUGCAGACCCAGAGGAGAAUGUCAACAAGAACCUGAAAAUAACUGUUGUCUACGGCCGUUCAAGACGAAACAAACGAAUGGUUUCUGAGAGCUUUGAUCAGCUCCAAACAGAAUUCCGAGACGCAUGUCGAGCAGUAGGUCUUAAAAACAACGCGAAUGGAACACAAAACUCAAAACUAAAUUCAGGUCAUCUCAAAAUGGGAUCACCAGAAUUUCCCGAGGGGUUACAUUCUGCCCACCAUGUCAAAGAAGCUCCACAGCACCCGAGCAGUAAGAUUAAAUGCCAGAAAGGAGAGAAGGCUUUACCUUUGAGGAAACCAGGUAGACCAGCAAAAGUGAAAAUCUCAGGAAUCUCUGUCACUGUUACCACAGUGUCGCCCAAGCAACGUAAAAUUUUGAUUGAGAAGGAUGCUCCCGCUCCACAAAAGAACAGGAAAGCACUCCUCACAGACUUUCAAAGUGCCAAAGAGUCCAAGACAGUCACUUGUCAAUCAGUUAGCCACAACUUGCAACCGGAGGAACAAAGAGAAUCCGAAAGUAAACCUAGUAACAAAGGACUCAAUCAACCUUUAGCUGUGCGCCAUUCAAAAAGAGUGAGCAAGCCCUCAAUUUAUUUUUUGCAUGCUGUUGCCACCUCCACAACUCGAGCAUACAGUCACAGUAACGCUCUGUUACGGCGCUCCAAACAACUCCUGCUGAGCAAGGCCUGCAAUAAAAGAAAACAAGAAAAAGAGACUAGAGGAGAACAUUCGACUGUGAAAAGGCACCGUUGCGAACAGGAGCGGAAGAACAUCUCGCAGGCUCUCGCUCGAGCGGCGGGUGUUUCUUUAGACUCAAUCUUUGCUCCAGAGGAGACACUUCGUUGGUGGGCAGCUUCAGCUGAACAGGAGACCUUGAACCAAGCGCUUGCCAGACGCAUUCAGCUCAUGUCAGACACCUGGGUCUCAGACGCCAUAGAGAACCACAGGGUAGACCUCCGAUUCAAAGUCGACACCGAAGGAACCGGUUCAUCUGUCGCCAAGUCCAAACAUUCUUCAGUGGUUCAAUCACUGUUCAACUGCCCUCCUUCUAGACCCAGAUCCUGUAGCAUGCAGCAACUCGGUUCCUGGUUUAUGGAGACCACAGAGACGCAGUCACUGGCUAUCGUCAAGAGGACGAGCGCUCGCAAUCGUUACGAAGUCAUGCACUUCCCUCGCUCUGCCAGCAAACAUGGCGUCAAGUGCCAAAGUCCUCAGGCAGAACGACUUCGCAGACAUCUCAAGAAGUUUGCCAAAAUGUUGCCAAAGAGUCCUGCCCAACAUGAAAAGGCUCAAAAAAGGUUGACGAAAAUUAAGGAAGCUCAAUCAAUUCACAACAUUAGGCAGCGACUCUUCAGUCGCAGUAGUAAAAGGGGUGUGCCCAGCCGAGGCGCGAGAAGGUGGCAUCACGUGAGCAAAUACCAGGCCGUACGACUUCGGGCAAAAAGUCGCUUCCUGACCCGACAAGAAAGGGAGUGUGCAAAGAAGGAAAGAAAAACGCAAAUAACUGCACGUGGGCCAGAAGUGGCAAUUGGAAUUAAACCAAAACUGGAAGCAUUGAAACCAGUGAAAGAUGAGUUUUCGGAAUGUUCGGAAAACAGUUCUAAAGCCCAAUCCGAGGAGCCUGUAGGUACACCAAAAGAGCAGAACAUCCGCUCUAAAGCCUGGAAUCCCGAGACCCUGAAGGAAUGCCGGGUAUUUUUGAAAAAGAUCAACUCUCCAGACAACAUAUCAGCAGAGGAGUGGGACUGUUGUACCGUGACACUGGAUAAGUCAGCCUCUGCAUUUGUGAUUGCUCGAAAGAACAGACAACUGGUAGAAGUCGUCAAAGCUGUGAAAAGAAAAGGCCACGCAAAUGGCCUGGCUGCAUCUACAAAACUGAUAGAUUCAGCCUGUGAAUCGCUGCAGGAGCUGGACGAAAUGCCUUUGGGGGAGCAGAAGGGCAAAUGUCCCAGCCUUGUGUCUGUUGAACCGCCACCAGCAAAAAAGUUGCGACAAUCGCGGAUGAAGGGCUUAAGUGGGCCAAGGUGGUGCGACUUUGUGCUUGGAAGCUAGAUGACGCACAAGGCCUUCGUCCUUCGUGGGAAUUGGACUGUGGUGUUUUGUGGUGCCUUUGGACACUGAGCUGACCGAACGGACUGACCGUUACACUACGGUUCAGUCUUUCCCUCAGCAAUUAUGUAGCAGUCUAACUUAAGAAAAGCUUGAUGUUGCACUAUUUUUAUACGUAGAAGAGAUUUGACAUUUUGAAAAAAAAACUGUUCUUUGAUAAUACAUGCCUUGUCCGGAGAGCUGUUAGUAAGACCAAGACCGACUGCAUUAAGACUAAGACAGCACUCUGCCUGAGAAAUACCUCUUCAUCACUUCCCCCUGAAACUCAGCAAACACAUUUUUAGACACAAUAGCUAGAAAGGUUCACGUGGUUUUUAAAGUUAUUAUUGCCCCCCCCCCACACACACACAUUUGAGAUCCAUUGAUCUUAUAGUCUAAACCUUUGAUCUAUCUACAUGUCGAUGCCAGGUUACGACAGUCUUACCAUCAAAAACGAUGAAGGAAUUGGCCCUCAUGCAUUUUUUUUUUCCUUGCAUAGACUUUAUUUUUUUUGUUACAAUGAAGUGUUGUUUUUGUCAUUUUCAACCCAAGCAUUUACUGUCACAAAUGGGACACUGCCAGCAUUAGAUGUACUUCUUGCACUAUCCCAUUUGCGAUUUGGAAUCCCACUUUUCAGAUUCCUCCCCCAUAUUUUGCACAUCCUAUGUUCCACUACCAGCACCUAUUGUACAAGUAGAGAAUCCUAUGUGGUGCAAUACAAACCCAGAUGUUUUUUUUUUUUCCCCUUUCGGUAUAUAGUCAUUAUUUUAUUACUGACAGAUGGAUGUACACGAUG